CGUUGGGUGAGCAGAGAGAGCCCUGCUCCUCCCUUGGAGGAGAAGGAAGGAAGGACGGCCGCGAUCCGGGAGGCGUUUCCCCCGAUCCCCGGCUUGGAGAGGCAGCCGAGCCCGGCAGCAGAGCAAGCAAGUCCUCAGUUUGCAAAGCGGAGGAGGAAAUCAAGCCAGGAUCCUUUGGAGGUGUGUUGGAAAUGACCCCUCGGGACCCUCCCAGUGCCAUCCUGGGCUCCUGGGGUCUGCUCGUGCUGCUGCUUGCCCCUCUCUCCUGCCAGCCGUGCCCAGUUCCCUGUGAGUGCUCAGAACCAGCCCGCACCAUCAAGUGUGUCCAGAAAGAGCUGACUUCUAUCCCAGCUGGGAUCCCGCCAUAUACUCGCAACCUCUUCAUAACCGGCAACCUGAUCACCCACGUCGGCAGCCAGGACUUCCUAGGACUGCCCAAUCUGGUCACGCUCUCACUGGCCAACAACAGGAUUCACACUGUGGAGUCCCGGGCAUUCUCUGCCCUCCAGAGCCUGCGUUACCUGGACCUGAGUUAUAACCACCUGGCCAGCAUCCACCCUGAUGCCUUCAAUGCCAGGAACAACUCCAUCCGGGAGCUAAACCUCAGCCAUUCGCUGUACAAUUCCUCUGCCAUCCGCCCCUUGGCAGCCACUCUGGCCCAAGGUGGCUUCCAGAACCUCUCCAGACUGGAGCUCGCCAGCAAUAAGAUAGUCUACUUGCCUCCGGGCAUGUUGUCUGGCCUCUCCAAACUCGAGCAUUUGGACUUGAGGAACAACUCUUUGGUGGACAUUAGGAAUGCCACUUUUGCCGGCCUUGACCUCAAGUACCUUGACCUGACCUUGAAUGCCUUCAAGACCCUGCGGAGCGGAGCGUUGAGUGCCCUUGCCAGGCAACCGCACCUCCGCCUGUUCCUGAAGGACAAUCCUUUUGUGUGCAAUUGUGACAUCGAGGACCUGGUCAGCUGGCUAAACCACAGCCAGCGAGUAGCGGAUGUGGGGAAACUAGUCUGUGUCUUCCCUCGGGAUCUGGAGAACGCCUCCCUGGCAGAACUGAUUGGGGAGGAGUUGGCAUGCCACUCCAGCCCACAUGGAGAAAAGGCUCUUCAGACUUCCUACGCAGCCUUAGGUGUGGUCCUAGGAAUCAUCGGUGUUGUUUUCCUCUUUGUGCUUUACCUGAACCGCAAAGGGAUCAAGACGUGGAUGAACAGCAUGCGGGAUACCUGCCAGAAUUUUAUGGAGGAUUAUCACUAUUGCUAUGACAUAGAAGCAGAUCACCGCAUCACACAGGUCUCCACGCUGGACAUAUAAUGCGACUACUCUCUUUGGGAGACUUUCCCACUUUUUCAGUGGCAUCUAUCUGUAUUUAGGACACAGUGUGCUGCUGGGAGGUGUCUUCUCUGCAUUUGAAACCAAGCAUUAUAAGGAGGAUGGAGAUCUUGGUGGAGACUUGAGGAACAUCCUUUCAUGGUCUCCCUUCUGCAGGUGUUUUGACUUGAGGGCCAGCCUAAUUAAUACAAAGGUUGAGAAAAUACUCAGAUCUUCUAGGCAGCAGUCUUGCACAAGAUUGAAAGUGAAUACAAACGUUGGGAUGUGCCAUCAUCCAAAGCAGAGGCUCUUGGCGAGUCCAGUAUCUGAGAUUUUCCAGUCCAGGCUGAAUGUUCCUGGAGGGUUAGGAACAUAGGAAGCUGCCUUCUACCAAGGAGGACCAGUGGUCCAUCUAGCUCAGUAUUGUCGGCGUUGACUGGCAGAAGCUCGCCAAGGUUUCAGGCAGGAGUCUUUCCCAGCCCUUCUUGGAGAUGCGGCCAGGGACUUGACCUGGGGCCCUCUGCGUACAAAGCAGACGUUCUUCCACUGCAGUACAGCCCUUCCCCCUACUUUAUCCACGAAGUGCCAACAGUCAGGUGUUAAUCUGACUAGAGCCCUGAAUUUGGCCUGGUUCCUGUUUGAUGCAAACGGUUGUGGGGGAUCUAUUAAUUCAGGGCUUUGUUCGCUGGAAGGUUGAGACAAGGACAGCCUGCUCAAAAGGGGGAAAGCGGCCGAGGGUGUGGGAAAUGUUUGCAGCACUGUAACCCAGAUCACCCCCUGUUGGGGUAGGGAAGUUUGACUUGAAAUGGCUUUCAGAACUCUGGAGAUCAAAGGCUGAGAUGUGGCCGUCUGGGCUCUUCCUUCUCAUGCAAGAGCUCCAAAUGCCUCUUUCACAGGGUCAAACUUGGAAGAUAUUUGGGGA